AUGCAAUUUGGUGGCAGGUCCUCCACCAAAAAUAACUAUUCCCAGAGGCGCCCUGGGUCAUCAAACCAAACUCAAAAUCACUCUCACGGGUUCAAGCUGUUUGGGCUACAGCCAGGGCAGGGUGCUCCUAUGGAUAUUGGUGCAGUCCAACACAGAGAAAUGUGCAGAUUCAAGGGCAACUGCUACAACUGUGGCCAGGAGGGACACAUGUCCCAAGAUUGCAGAAGAACGGAGAAACCGGACAAUUGGCUUAAUACUCUUGCCAGUUGUUUGUAUGACAAAAUCAGGGCCUUCUUCUAUGAUCAGCAGGUUACUGAAAUGAAAGCUCAGGGAAAAGAGUUCAGAGCUUAG